AUCUCUACCUUCUUCAAGUCACGUGUAACGACUAAGAAACAAGCCAACAUGCCUACGAACAAUCUGUACCAGUACCUCGACAAGCCAGCCUCAUGGAACGAACGCGAUCUCCUCAUAUUCGCUGCGUCGAUCGGCUGUGAGCCCGAUGAGUUGCAAUUCGGCUACGAACUGCAUCCAAAGUUCUCAGCAUUCCCAACAUACCCGAUUGUCCUCACAUUCAAGCACGAUUACACGACUACAACGUCCUUUGCAGGACACUUCUCAAGACACCUGACACCACCGAGGGAUUUCAUACCCGGUUUCCCAGCCCUAGACAUCAAGCGAGUCGUCGAUGGAGAACGAACACUGCAGAUCGUCAAGCAACUACCCAAGACAUCAGAAGGAAGACGAUUCAUCAUCCGAUCCGACGUCAUCGGGGUAUGGGACAAAGGCGUGGGGAAGUCGACAAUCGUGAAGACGAGUCAUGACCUCGUAGAGAGGGUCGAGUCUGGGCAGCACGAAAUGCUGUAUGCUCGCAUGACCGAAACCGCAAUUUUCAUGUCGCAAGGCGGUUGGGGAGGGCCCAAUGUUGGCAAACCUGCAAGUUCUCCUGCUCCGCCUACGGAUCGUGCACCGGAUGCCAGAGUGAAACAUCACGUUUCUCCAGCCGCACAUUUGCUCUACAGACUCAAUGGCGAUUACAAUCCUCUGCAUGCCACACAUGUGGAGGAGGCCGUUGUGCAACCUACGCCGAUAAUGCACGGGUUGUAUUCAUGGAACGUCACUGCGAGACUCGUACUGAAGACUUUUGCCAAUGGAGAAGCCAAAGCUCUACAGAGCUUUCAAGCGAGUUUUGCCAGCCCUGUGAGGCCCGGAGAUGUUCUGGAGACGGAAAUGUGGGAGCUGAAGGACGCCGCGGAAGGCGCGCGGACGAUCAGAUUCGAGAGCAAGGUUGGAGGAAAGGUCGUACUGGCCCGUGGAUCGGCAGUAUUGCAUGAUACCGACGAUCGCACGAGGAGCAAGUUGUGAACGCGCGCGGCAAGGCGUGGCUGACGCGAGGUGUCAAACUAGGGCAGAGCAGAGUU